GAAACCACUUCCGGAAGAAGAAGAAGAAGAAGAAGCAAAAGACGACAGGGAAGUGUGCUGCUGUGCUCUUUUAAUCUGGAAACAUCAAGUUUAGUCUCAUUCUGUUGCUCGCACGUCGGCAGACUGUUCGACAGACAAAACGCUUUGAAAUCGGCAACGGGGGUCCCAGACAUUCGGCUGUGCAGAAUCGCCCCGUUUGCUGCUCGCCCGCUUCCCGGCCGCACGCCGACCAAGCGAUCGGAGCUCCCGCCCUCCCCUUUAGAUGCCAAAGAUGCAAAAGAACACGUGCGCAGAGGCGGCGCGAUGGCGGCGACGGCGGCGGCGGCGGCCCCCGCAGGAGGAGACGAGCUGCACGUCUUGGUGGUGAGGUGGCGCGAAGUGGGCUGCCAGUGGGAGGCGCCGGCGGGCGGGACCAGCGAGGUCGGCUGUCAGAGCGACGUCGCCGAGAGUCGAGACGUCGCCGUACAGGCGGACCUGCUGACUCGGCGGUUGUGCUGGAGACACACAGGUUCGUCCGCCGUCUCGGCUCGGCGUCCGCCGCCGCGAGGCAGAAGCGAAACGUUGAGAAACGCCGUUAAAACGCAGGCGGCCGCCUCGUCGCCGCUGUCCGUUACGCGGCCGCAGAGGGUACGACGUCCUCCCAGGUGGCGAGAAGACCUGCGGACGACGGCGUCGCCCGAGCCUCCGACCGGAGGGGCGGAGUCGGAUCGGCGGCCGCCCGCCGCGACGGAGCGGGAGGAGCCUGUGCCGACAUCGCCGGAGGGAGAUGCGGUGAAGUCCGAGGCGGAGAACCUCGUGUGCGACGUCUGCGGUCAGGUGAUGAAGAACAAGUCGAGUCUGGCCCGCCACUCCUUCAUCCACACGGGCCAGAAACCCUUCGCGUGCCCUCUGUGCGACCUUCGCUUCAACCGCCGUGACAACCUUCACCAUCACCUCAGUCACCUCCACCCGGGGGGCGUGGCCCGGCGCGAGCGGCGGCGCCCGGCCCAGACGUGGCUCUGCGACGUCUGCGGGAAAACCUUCAGGUGCAGGUCGGCGCUCAAGACGCACGAGGUCAUCCACCUGGGGGUCAAACCCCACCGCUGCGACCUUUGCCCUAAGGCCUAUAUGCGCACCAACGACCUGGAGCACCACAAGACCACGGUGCACGAGGACGGCGGCGGCGGCGGCGGGGGGGCUCGGCGCCGCUCGGGCUCCUUGUUGUGUCACUUCUGCGGCAAAGAGUUGAAGUUCCGCUCCCAGCUGGUAGCGCACCUCCAGACGCACACGGACGAGCGGCCGCACCUCUGCGACGUCUGCGGACGCAAGUUCUGCCGCCGCUACCAACUGGAGCGCCAUAAGCUCCUGCUGCACGCUGACGGCGCCCACGCCGCCGCCGCCGGCGGCUCGCUCCCGUGCGACGUGUGCGGCAAGCGUCUGAAGACGGAGGCGCUCCUCGCCGCCCACUCGCGCGUGCACUCGGGCGACAAGCCCUUCCGCUGCGGCCUGUGCCUGCGCCGCUUCGUGCGCGUCGCCUGCCUCAGGCAGCAUCACGCGCGCGUUCACCUCAAGGAGGGCGGCAGGGCGUCGCGCUCCGCUAGCCCGCGGGCCCCCAAGGCCUUCCCGUGCGCCACGUGCGGCAAAGAGUUCAAGUUCCAGUCGCUGUUGAACAAUCACGCGGCCGUUCACAGCGACGAGCGGCCGCACGCCUGCGACUUCUGCCCGCGCCGUUUCCGCCGCCUCGGCCACCUUAAGAGACACCGGCGCGUGGUCCACCGCGACGGCGCCCGCCUGCCGCAGACCUUCGUGUGUCACAUUUGCGGCAAGGACAAGAAGUGCCGCUCCCAGCUGGCGCGCCACGUCAUCAUCCACACGGGCGAGCGGCCGUUCGCCUGCGACCUGUGCGCCGCGCGCUUCAAUCGCCUCGGUAACCUGCGACAGCACAGCAAGCGCGUGCACGGCGUCGACCGGACGCCGGAAGACCGCGAGCCGCCGCCGCUGUUCCACGACCUCGACGGGGACCUCGGCUUCAAACGGGAAGAGGUCGUUGCUACGCCCGGAGACGAUCCGUAAAUAAUCAUUUGGGGGAUCGGCUGAAGGCUUUGCGAGACCACCGACCGUUUUCUGUAGGCCUUCCCCUCGUCGGGGGCGCGGCUGAGCUGAGGGGCGGGGCACACCCCGGACUGGCGGCCAACCAAUCGCGGGGCACAUAUAGACAAACCUGGCUAAUCGUAAUGUUUGCAAAACAAAGGCGCUAGCGUGGUUUUGGAAGAACAUGGCACUCCAAGCCAGGGUUCCAAUCUUUUGACGACUCACCACGAAUGUCACUAGAUGGGAUCCUAAAUUGGUUUGAAUUACGUCUAAUCUGUCGCGAGGCAUCUUUGGGUCCGCUCCUGAGACAAAUUGCCGUUAAUUUGUCCAAAGAUGCACAAAAUUGUUCAAAACACUGAAGCAGAUGAAGCUGAAACAUAUCAGUAAUCGAUGAGUGACAAACGUUGAACUUUUAUUUUUUGGGUGUGAUGUCAUGAUUUAGCGAUCGUGGAGAUGAAAUAAAUGUCGCGUGACACUCCUGACUCCGCCCCCUUCAU